UAUGCGUCCAAUUACAUAUCUUAAUUCGAGAAUAUUCAAACAUAUGAUGUGAGUUUAUUUUUGACGAGUAAGUGAAUUAAAGUAGUAAAAAAUGGAAUUUUGGAAUUUUAUUCGUAAUAUAUUUGGUGCUCAAAGUUUAAGAAACUCUAAUAAAGGGGAAAGAAAUCACUUUAACAUCUUUAGUGAUCCAUUACAAAUAACACGAUAUUUUGAAUCUGAAAUAGAAAAUAUGUUGAAUUCCAUUUUUGGAUUUAAUGAUGGAGGUAAUGAUACAGGAAUACGUGCAUUUUCAUUUGCACCACAAAGCAAAACUUUACGUGAUAACAUGUUGAAGCCAAACAAUGAUCAGAUAGGAUUAAAACUAGAUACAGAUUUAGAUGGAAAAAUUACUGUAGACAAUUUUUCUAAUGUUUGGGAUGAAUGUAAAAAGCCAAAAUUUGAAAUAUUACGACCUACCAUAAUUGGAAGAUCUGUGAGAAAAGAAUAUAUUCGUAAACCUGAUGGAACAAUAGAACAAAAACAAAUUAUUAAAGAUUAUGAAGGAAAUGAGGAAACUAUUGUAUCAAAUCAAAUUGGUGGCAAAAUUCAUACUAUUAUUACAAAAAUAGACAAAAAUGGAGUAGAAACAAAAACAGAAGAUUUUUCUGAUAUAAAUGAAUGUGACUUAUUAGCAAAAAAGGAAAAAAAUAAUUUUCUUAAUAUUGAUUUGAAUUUCUUUCCUUGGGAAAAUUUUUUUAAAUUUGAUCCAUAAUUAUAAUCAAAUAAAAUUUAAAUGAUUGUAGUAAAAUUUAUAGGAAAAAAUGUAUAAUAAAAAUUGUAGUAAAUAAUUAAUUAAAUGAUAAAUAACACACUAUAAUUUAAAUUUUAAAUGUAUGUAAUAUGUAAUAAAUUUAUUUUAAUCUGAU